AUGGAAACAACAAAUUAAAUUUAUUCAAAAUUAACGCAACUUGUGCAAUCAUUUAGUAAGGAAUCUCAUCUUAGGAAGCUUGAGCAUUUUAUAGUGCUUAUUGCUUUGAUUAAGAUGUACUAAAGCCUAAAUAAAAAUGGGGGAUUUUUCAAGAAUUGUGGAAAGAUGUUAAUCAGACUGCUCAAAAAAUCUUCAGCCAUAUCUUAAAAACUCACCAAAGAGCUAUAAACUGAAGCUGCCAAAACUGUUAAAUAACAAUUUGAAGGAAAACCACCUCCUAAAUUUACUUAACUCCCUCCAAGUGGUUUGAGUGAAGAGGAAGUUUUAGAAAUUAUGAAAGAACGCAAAGCUUUUGAUUUAGAUCCAACUAAAGGAAAAUGCUGGGCUUAUGUGUACGACCACUCACACAAGCAUACAGAAUUCGUCACAAAAGCUCAUAAUUUAUUUAUACACACUAAUGCAUUAAAUCCUAUGAAGUUUAUUUCUUUAAGAAAUUUCGAAAUUGAAAUUGUUGCAAUGACAGCUAAAAUGAUGAAUGGAGACCCACAUAAAUGUGUUGGCUCAGUAACUUCUGGAGGAUCUGAAAGUCUUUUACUAGCUGUAAAAACUUAUAGAGAUAGACUAUAUAAAAUUAACCCAGAAAUUACCGAACCUGAAUUAAUAAUGUGUGUUUCUGGUCAUCCAGCAAUUAACAAAGCAUCUCAUUAUUAUGGAGUCAAAAUAGUUUAUGUUGACAGUGAUCCAAAUACAUUUGAAAUGAGAGUUGAUUAAAUCAAAUAAAAAAUCAAUAAAAAUACUUGUUGUAUUAUUGCUUCUGCCCCUUCAUAUCCUCAUGGAAUAGUAGAUCCUAUAGAUUAAAUAUCAAUUAUCGCUGAAAGAGCUAACAUUCCUUUGCAUGUUGAUAGCGCUAUUGGUGGGUUUAUGUUACCCUUUAUUGAGAAAUUGGGGUAUAAAAUACCAUAGUUUGAUUUCAGAAAUAAUGGUGUUACUUCUAUAUCAGCAGAUGUUCAUAAAUACGGCUAUUCUGCAAAAGGAGCUUCUGUUCUUGUAUUUAAAGAUUCAGAAUAUAGAUUGAAUCAAUUUUAUUCUUAUACUGGAUGGCCCGGAGGAAUUUAUAUUUCUCCUACAACUCUAGGAACAAGGGGUGGAGGACCUUUAGCAGGUGCAUGGGCUUCUAUGAUGGUGCUUGGUUAAGAUGGUUUUAUGGAUGUUACGAAGAAGAUUAUUGAUGGUGCUAAUUAUAUUAGAGAUGAAAUAAGAAAAAUUGAAGAAUUAGAAAUUUUAGGAAAUCCAGUUACGACAAUUAUUGCAUUUAGAGUAAAGAAGAAUUAAGAAAUAAAUAUUUAUCACAUAUCAGAUGCCUUAAAAGAUAUAAACGACUGGCAGGUUGAAAAUUAAAGAUUCCCUGAAUGUAUCCACAUCAGUUUUAUGCCACAGCACCUUUAAAUAAAAGAAUAAUUUAUCAUUGACUUAAAAAAAGCUAUCAAUAUAGUUAAGGAAAAUCCAAAAAAAUAUGCUAAAGAUGGCACAGCUGCCAUGUAUGGUAUGAUGGGAAUGGUACCUGAUGAAGAAGUAUUAGAAGAGUUUAUGGCCCAUUUUAUGGAUUCAGUUUAUAGAUUACCAAGCGAAAAAGCCAAUUCUUGA